UGCUGUUGUUGUAGGUGCAGCUUUUAAACCUCAAUAUGUAUCCGUGUGACUUGACCAGCAAGUUGCCGUUUGUUGCAAUCGUGAAUGCUGAAUGCGCUAGGAAUAUGACUGCUCGUCGUGAUGUAUGGGUAUGUACAAGCUCCGUUGCGACGAGGUCGAUCGAGUGUUGGCAGAUAGCCAAGUCUUUGUUGGCGGCGGAACAAAGGGCGGGAAUAGUCUGCUUGUCCGUACACACAAUGGAGCUUUGAUGUCUCGUUCGGCCAAUUUUGAAAGCACCUAGAGCGCCAGAAGUAGAUGUAUGACGGGAUCCAGAGGCCUGCUUCCCGCUUCGAAUGUGAAGGCGAGUGACAGCGGGCGGAAGCGGAGGACGAAUGCGUUUGCGUCGACGUGUCCGGGAACUAUUGCGGCGAUAUUGCUGUCGCUUGCAGAUUGCUGGGGUUCGGACGUCGAGGACGAAUGACCGUCCUGUUGCGAUGCGAUUCGUUCGGCGUCUUGGGCGGUAAGAGAAGGGCUCAGGCAGUGAUGCGCAUAUGGUUGUUGUCUCGUCAGGCUCUUCGUCGGUUCCGUGUGGUGUCAAAUCUUUUCAGAGACCUGGACAUGCAUGAGGCAUAUAGUCCAGGCCUGACGUUGGUGGCCAUCGCCAUGGCUAGUA